UUUGACUGUUAUGUCUUUUGCGUGAGGGGAGGGAAAAUAAAAUUUGAUACUACAGAAGAGUAAAAAUUCAACAAUUUUAUCCGGUGUUCAGGAUUUUUUGUCUUUACUAAAGCCCUUCUUCUCUUUGAGGAGGAGGGUGUUUAAUUCUGCUUUAUUCAGUUAGUUUCUGAGGAGAGUUUUGUGCAUAAACCGCCAUGUACAUUAAACAGGUCAUUAUUCAAGGCUUUCGAAGCUACAGAGAUCAAACUGUGGUCGAUCCCUUCAGCUCCAAACACAAUGUCAUUGUCGGCAGAAAUGGAUCAGGAAAAAGUAACUUCUUUUAUGCUAUACAGUUUGUACUCAGCGAUGAGUUCAGUCAUCUUCGGCCAGAGCAGCGUUUGGCUCUGCUUCAUGAAGGCACUGGUCCUCGAGUCAUUUCAGCCUUCGUUGAAAUUAUAUUCGACAACUCUGACAACAGGCUUCCAAUUGACAAAGAGGAAGUGUCUCUUCGCCGUGUCAUCGGAGCCAAGAAAGACCAGUACUUCUUGGACAAAAAGAUGGUCACUAAAAAUGACGUGAUGAACCUGUUAGAGAGUGCUGGAUUCUCCCGCAGUAACCCAUACUACAUUGUCAAGCAAGGAAAGAUUAAUCAGAUGGCGACGGCGCCCGACUCCCAGCGUCUGAAGUUGCUCAGAGAAGUGGCUGGUACCAGAGUCUAUGAUGAGCGCAAGGAGGAGAGUAUCUCACUUAUGAAGGAAACAGAGGGAAAGCGAGAGAAGAUUAAUGAGCUGCUAAAGUACAUCGAGGAGCGUCUGCACACUCUAGAGGAUGAGAAAGAGGAACUGGCGCAGUACCAGAAAUGGGACAAAAUGAGGAGAGCGCUGGAGUACACCAUAUACAACCAGGAGCUCAACGAGACCCGCGCCAAACUGGACGAGUUGUCUUCUAAAAGAGAGACCUGUGGGGAUAAAUCUAGACAACUGCGGGACGCCCAACAAGAUGCCAGGGACAAAGUGGAGGAGACGGAGCGUGUGGUGCGGGAGCUGAAGUCUCGAAUCUCUGCCAUGAAGGAGGAGAAGGAACAGCUGAGCGCCGAGCGACAGGAGCAGAUCAAACAGAGGACCAAACUGGAGCUCAAAGCCAAAGAUCUGCAGGACGAGCUGGCAGGAAACAGUGAACAGAGGAAACGGCUGCUCAAAGAGCGACAGAAGCUUCUGGAGAAGAUUGAAGAGAAGCAGAAGGAGCUGCAGGAAACUGAACCCAAAUUCAACACCGUGAAGGAAAAAGAGGAACGAGGAAUUGCCCGGCUGGCUCAGGCCACACAGGAGCGUACAGAUCUUUAUGCCAAGCAGGGUCGAGGCAGUCAGUUCACCUCUAAAGAAGAGAGAGACAAAUGGAUCAAGAAAGAGCUGAAAUCUCUGGAUCAGGCCAUCAAUGACAAGAAACGGCAGAUCGCCGCCAUCCACAAAGAUCUGGAGGACACAGAGCAAAACAAAGAGAGGAACCUGGAACAGUACAACAAACUGGACCAGGAUCUGAACGAAGUGAAGACUCGAGUGGAAGAGCUGGACAAGAAGUACUAUGAGGUGAAGAACAGAAAGGAUGAGCUUCAGAGCGAGAGAAAUUACCUGUGGAGAGAGGAGAACGCAGAACAGCAGGCACUGGCAGCCAAACGAGAAGACCUGGAGAAGAAACAACAGCUACUGCGAGCCGCCACCGGAAAGGCUAUUUUGAACGGCAUCGACAGCAUUAAUAAAGUCCUGGAGCAUUUCCGGCGGAAGGGCAUCAACCAGCACGUCAUCAACGGCUACCACGGCAUCGUCAUGAAUAACUUUGAGUGCGAGCCCGCUUUCUACACCUGUGUGGAGGUGACUGCAGGAACCAGGUUGUUUUAUCACAUUGUGGAGACGGAUGAAGUGAGUACCAAGAUCCUGAUGGAGUUUAAUAAGAUGAACUUGCCUGGUGAAGUCACCUUCCUGCCCCUCAGCAAACUGGACGUCAGGGACACAGCUUACCCUGAGACUAAUGAUGCAAUCCCCAUGAUCAGCAAGCUCCGUUACAGUCAAAACUUCGACAAGGCCUUCAAACACGUGUUUGGGAAAACUCUGAUCUGCCGCAGUAUGGAAGUGUCCACUCAGCUCGCUCGAGCUUUCACCAUGGAUUGCAUCACUCUGGAGGGUGAUCAGGUGAGUCACCGUGGAGCUCUGACCGGUGGUUACUACGACACUCGUAAAUCCCGUCUGGAGCUGCAGAAGGACAUGAGGAAGGCCGAGGAGGAGCUCGGAGAACUGGAGGCCAAACUCAAUGAGAACUUGCGUCGAAACAUUGAAACUAUCAAUAAUGAAAUUGACCAGCUGAUGAAUCAGAUGCAGCAGAUCGAGACCCAGCAGAGGAAGUUCAAGGCCUCCAGAGACAGUAUUCUGUCUGAAAUGAAGAUGCUGAAGGAGAAGAGACAGCAGUCGGAGAAGACCUUCAUGCCCAAGCAACGCAGUCUUCAGAGUCUGGAGGCCAGUCUGCACGCCAUGGAGAGCACAAGAGAGUCCUUGAAGGCCGAGCUGGGGACGGAUCUGCUUUCUCAGCUCAGUUUAGAGGAUCAGCGCAGGGUGGAUGAUCUCAAUGAUGAGAUCCGACAGCUGCAGCAGGAUAACAGACAACUGCUGAAUGAGAGAAUUAAACUGGAGGGAAUCAUGACCAGGGUGGAGACGUACCUCAACGAAAACCUGCGCAAACGUCUCGAUCAAGUCGAGCAGGAAUUAAAUGAACUUCGAGAAACCGAAGGAGGAACCGUCCUCACAGCGACAACAUCAGAGUUGGAUGGCAUUAACAAACGCAUAAAAGACACUAUGGCUCGCUCUGAAGAUUUGGACACCCUCAUCGAUAAGACGGAGGUGGAAAUCAAGGAGCACCAGAAGAGCAUGGAGCGCUGGAAGAACAUCGAGAAGGAGCAGAACGAAGCCAUCAAUCACGACACCAAGGAGCUGGAAAAGAUGACCAACAGACAGGGCAUGUUAUUGAAAAAGAAAGAGGAGUGCAUGAAGAAGAUCCGGGAGCUGGGCUCCCUGCCACAGGAGGCCUUCGAGAAGUACCAGACGCUCACACUCAAGCAGUUGUUCAGGAAGCUGGAGCAGUGCAACACGGAGCUGAAGAAGUACAGCCAUGUGAAUAAAAAAGCCUUGGAUCAGUUCGUCAAUUUCUCAGAGCAGAAAGAGAAGCUGAUCAAGAGGCAGGACGAGCUGGACAGAGGCUACAAAUCCAUCAUGGAGCUCAUGAACGUCUUGGAACUGCGCAAAUACGAGGCCAUCCAGCUCACCUUCAAGCAGGUGUCGAAGAACUUCAGCGAGGUGUUUCAGAAGCUGGUGCCUGGCGGUAAAGCCACUCUGGUGAUGAAGAAGGGUGACACUGAGGGUGGACAGUCUCAGGACGAGGGUGAGGGUGGAGACAGCGAGAGAGCAUCGUCCUCUCAGAGCAGUGUGCCCAGUGUGGACCAGUUCACUGGAGUGGGCAUCAGGGUGUCGUUCACGGGUAAACAGGGAGAGAUGAGGGAGAUGCAGCAGCUUUCUGGAGGUCAGAAGUCUCUGGUGGCUCUGGCUCUCAUCUUUGCCAUCCAGAAAUGUGAUCCUGCUCCUUUCUACCUGUUUGAUGAAAUCGACCAGGCUCUGGACGCACAGCAUAGAAAAGCAGUGUCAGACAUGAUCAUGGAGCUGGCCGGACACGCUCAGUUCAUCACCACCACCUUCAGACCCGAGCUGCUUGAGUCGGCCGACAAGUUCUACGGCGUCAAAUUCAGAAACAAGGUGAGUCACAUCGAUGUGAUCUCGGCAGAGCAGGCGAAGGACUUUGUGGAGGACGACACCACUCACGGCUAAGAGAAAAACACACACCUCUGGCAGUCAUUUUCCUCAUUUUUCCACCGCCAACUCAACUGGUGUGUUUCCUUUUAAAAUCCCAGUUGGGUCGAAAGCUGUUUGUUUGUUUGUUUUUUAUUCUGAGCAGGAUUCGCUGACAAAUGGUUGUUUUUACAGUUUUAUAUUUUCUCUCUUAUUGAUUCUCUUGUAUUUCAAGGAUAAAACACUGAAAUGUUUGUUGGUUUGUUUGUUGUUCCGAGGCCAAUGCUUGAGACCUGCUUCAGCUUGAGUUAUUUAAAGAUGAGGAAGUUAGGGAACCAAUGUUAUAAGCUGAGUCUCAGUACACAGGUAUGUGUGUAUGUUAAAGGGAUAGUUUAUGCAAAAAAUUUAAUUUACUCAUCAUUUACUCUCCCUCAAGUCAUUCCAGACAUAAAUGAGUUUCUUUCUUUUUGGUGAACAUAAAAGAAGAUAAUUUGAAGAAUUUUGGAAACCAGUUUUAUUGAUAUCCAUAAAAGAAAUACUAUGGAAGUCAGAGGUUUCCAGAAUUUUUAAAACAUCUUUGUGUUAAACAGGAAAAGCACAUUAAGGGUGAGUAAAUGAUUUUUAAUUGUUGUGUAAACUAUCCCUUUUAAAGUCUGUUUGCCGCAGGUUCUCUCUUCUUCACUACUAAUCAACUAGCAUGAGCUGUUCACUUUUUUUUUUAAGCGAUAUAUAUGAAAGCUGCUCAUUUUGUAGGUUUUUUUCUUCCCCUGAAUGAGCUUAAAUGUUUUUAUCAACGUUUGCUUCACUUGUUCUUUGGUCAUUGUGAUUUAGUCUUUUAAUGUGUUUUCUGUUACCCAUAAAAGAAUAAAAUAACCCUGGUCUUUAUCAAA